AUGGUCUCCGACCGGGGCCCCCAGUUUGCCUCCAGAUUUUGGAGGGUAUUCUGUACUCUUCUGGGCUCAUCAACCAGUCUGUCCUCGGGUUAUCACCCUCAGUCCAACGGUCCAACUGAGCGGGUGAACCAGGAAUCUGGAGACCGCCUUACGGACCUGGAAGAGGGCUCGUUCAGCACUCCUGAGGGCCUCAGCUCGAGUUCAACGACAGGCCAACCGUCAUCGCUGCCCGAGUCCCUUCCUGUGUCCAGGCCAGAUGUUGUCAGUUCCGGCAAGGGACUCAGUAUCUCGUGGAAUGGGAGGGUUAUGGGCCUGAGGAACGUUCCUGGGUUCCGGCCCGGGACAUUUUGCACCCCGGACUCAUUCGGGACUUCCGUCAACGUUCAGCUACCCCUGGUGGAAGAUUCCUCGUCCCGCCGCGUCGACGUCACCACUUCGGCCCGCCCACCAGAAUCCGCGCGAAACACAGUCGACGAGGCGCUCAUGCCCGCUUCAGCCGCCAUCACUCUAGCGUCCUCCCUCAAGCGGUCUCUGCGCUCCGACGCCCUGGCGAUCUCCUCAGCCAGAACCUCCGACGUCCAUUCACACGACUCCGGACCAAGUGUGCAUGGAGCCGAAUUCGGCCACCUGCCCGACAACAUUACAGUGCUGGAAGGAGAGAGCAUCAUUCUGAGGUGUAAAAUCGACGAGGAGGUGACCCACAAGGCGUGGUUGAACCGCUCAAACAUCCUGUUUGCGGGGACAGACAAGUGGUCGCUGGACAGACGGGUGUCGCUGGUCAACAGUAACACUAGUGACUUCUCCAUCCAGAUAGAGAGAGUGGAGGUGGCUGACGAGGGGCUGUACACCUGCAGCUUCCAGGCCAGCAACAAGCCCCGCAUAGCCCACGUCUUCCUCAUCGUCCAAGUGCCAGCCAGAAUCGUCAACAUCUCCCAAGACGUGUCAGUGAACGAGGGGGGCAAUGUAUACCUCUUCUGUCUGGCGGUGGGACGACCUGAACCCACUGUCACCUGGAAGGAGAACAAAUAUGGUCUAAUGAGUGAAGGGGAGUUCCUGGACAUAACAGAGAUCAAGCGGCAUCAGGCGGAAGAGUUUGAGUGCAUCACUAACAACGGAGUGACGCAGCCCGACAUACGCAAGGUCAAGGUCACCGUCAACUACCCUCCCAUGAUCACAGACGUGAAGAACAUGCCAGCCCAGCUGGGCAAGACGGCCAUUUUGCGCUGUGAGGCCAUGGCAGUACCCACAGCCUCCUUUGAGUGGUACAGAGACGACCGCAGGCCGGUAGAGAGCGAUAACACUCUGAGGAUCAAGAACGAGAAGACGCGUUCACUGCUUCUCUUUACCAACGUGACGGACAAACACUUUGGCAACUACACUUGUUUUGCCUCCAACAGGCUGGGAGCCUCCAACGCCAGCAUGCUGCUCUUCCGGCCGGGAGCCGUGUACGGACGAGGCGUGGCCGUCAACGUGGGGGUGAGUGCGGGUGUUGGCUUUUGGCUUUGCCUCUCUGUCUCUCUCCUGAUGAAGGUCUAA